GGCCGGGCUAGGGGAUGAAAGGCCCCCCUUUUAUCUUCCCAGCUCUCUCCCGGGCGGUGCAGAAGGCGCGCGCCCGCGUGGUGGGGGGCUGCCGCUCGGCGGCCAGGACAGACCCGCACCCCAGAGGCUCCAGCGGGGGCAGGGCCGGGCUUCCGGCGAGCGGCCAAUCGCGGGGCGCAGGCGUCGGGCCUCCCAGCACCCGGCCGGGAGUCCGCGCGGGUCCCGGGGAGACGCGCCCCGGCUCGGCCCGCUCGCCGCCGGGAAUCCACCCACCGCGCCAAGGCGCACGCCGACCCCUGCGCGCCCACCGCCCCCGCGGCGCUCCGGACCAUGUCGGGUGAGUGGUAGAGGCCCCUCCCUCAUCAGCCUCCUCCCUCUUCAGCCUCCCUGUUGGGGCUGGCACGUAGGAGAUUGCCCUGCGCCCGGGAGACCCCGCCUCGCCCGCGCGAGGGCCCCCAAACCCGAGAUUCCCGUGGUUACUGGCCCGGAUCUCACCGGAGCUAGAG